ACUUCCCAGGUUUCCGCGGUAACUUUUGCUCCCAUUUUCCUCUGAUUACACAAAGCGUCACCGUGAGUUUGCAUUUAAUCUGCGUCUUAAAAACACCGUAAUUGUGUAAAGUCGAGUUUGUGGAGAAGCGACCCAGCCGUGCACGGAGCAAUGGAGAUUUUAGACGUCCUCCCUGCCAACUUCGGCUACGCGAUCCUGACCUACCUCUACAGCUGGAUCAUGCUGACUUACCUCGCCGUCAAAGUCGGAGCUGCGAGAAAAAAAUACAGUGUGAAGUACCCUACCAUGUACAGCGAUAAGGAGGACGUGUUCAACUGCAUCCAGAGGGCUCAUCAGAACACGCUGGAAGUCUAUCCGCAGUGGCUAGUUUUCCAGACCAUCGCUGCACUCGUUUAUCCAACUGUGGCCUCUGUUCUGGGGGUCAUCUGGGUGACCAGCAGGUUCUCCUAUGCCUGGGGCUACUACACUGGCAACCCUGUCAAGAGGAUGAAUGGGAGCUAUGGUUACAUCGGCCUUUUUGGAGUGAUCAUCCUGUCCAUUUCGGUUGCCCUGCAACUCCUUGGAGUCAUUUAAAAGCCUCUGAGCACUGAUUUCAUUCAUAGCACUGACCAAGUGGGUUUUUUUUCUAAAGGUAUUUUCUUUCUAGUUUUAAUAUAAUUUCAUUCUUUCCUUUCCACAGAAUGUGAAAUUGAAUUGCUUCUGUAGACCACUGUUUGGGUGUUUGGUUAAAACAUGUCAUGUCUAUCACAUUAACAUGUAUGUCAUCUUAUUCCAAAUAAAAAAACUAAUCUGGGUUUGAAA